CUCCCUGAACGCACCAUACCACUGGCCACUAGCCUAGCCUGCUAAUUUGGCUAAUCUGAUUUAUCGUCUCGUCUGAGAGCACGUAACGUCGGCAAGGAUUAACAAUUUUAUUCCCCCCAUAUUUAUAGUUUGGCGCCACAUUUGCCCGACACCAGCGUUUCGUUGAGAGAAUGGCGUCGCUUGGGGAGCCCGUACGUUUGGAGAGAGAUAUUAACAGGGCCAUCGAACUGCUGGACAAGCUCCAGAGGACGGGGGAAGUUCCUCCUCAGAAGCUGCAGGCCCUGCAGAGGGUCUUACAGAGUGAAUUCUGUAAUGCUGUCAGAGAAGUGUAUGAGCACGUGUAUGAGACCGUGGACAUCAACAGCAGUCCUGAAGUCAGAGCCAACGCUACAGCAAAGGCCACCGUAGCAGCAUUUGCAGCCAGUGAAGGACAUUCGCACCCACGUGUUGUGGAACUGCCCAAAACAGAAGAAGGCCUGGGGUUCAACAUCAUGGGCGGGAAGGAGCAAAACUCUCCCAUUUACAUCUCGCGGAUCAUCCCGGCUGGCAUUGCUGACCGACAUGGCGGUCUGAAGAGAGGCGAUCAGCUUCUCUCCGUCAACGGCGUUAGCGUGGAGGGUGAGCACCACGAGAAAGCUGUGGAACUCCUCAAAGCAGCUCAGGGCACAGUGAAGCUGGUCGUGAGGUACACCCCCAAAGUCCUCGAGGAAAUGGAGUCACGUUUUGAGAAAAUGAGGUCGGCGAAACGUCGGCAGCAGAACAACUAUCCCCAGUAGGGUUGUUUCAUGUCGACGCCAGCUCUCUUAUGACUCUCCUCCUCCAGCCUUCAGGCCAUCUGUUCUGGUCUCUUUUCUAUAUUCUAACUAAAAAAAAAACAUUUUAACCUACGCACACAUAGUUUUAGUACAUCCACACAUGCUGUAUGUUGUACUUUUAUCAUGUUCCGCAGCGUUUUUUUUAAUAUUCACCCAUGGUUACUGUCGUGGACGCCACCGCCAAAGUCGAAGCACAUAAUGCCACCAAUCCGCCGUUGGUCACGUGAAACCCUUUCUUCCACCUUCUGAGCUGUCGGGUUUUACAACUGUGACGUGUUUACCUGCUUGUUAGUGGUGCAAAAGCAGUGGAAUCAGUUGCUGGCCUGGUAAUUGAAGGGUUCCACUUAAAAAAAAAAAAAAAAGGCAGUUUGAAAGCAGUUUUCUACAUACAAAGAUCUUUUAACAAGGAAAGGUGCUUGCAAGCUCCUACCAGGCUUGGUCCUUUUUCUCCACCGGCUGGUUGGUACUACUCUAUCCUCAGCGGAUGUCUUUUGAAAUAGUACAAAAAAACAUUUAAAACGGUAAAUGAAGCGAAAGUGGUGCAGCUGCAUGGAGGUUUUGCUCUGCCGCACGACAGCAGGGGUGAAUUUGCAUACACAUGCAUACAGUGGAUCCCUGCUAAUUUGUGCAACAUUUUUUGUAUUUCUGAGGGGAAACCCGCCAUUUUGUUCUUCUAAUCUCCAUAAUUAGCCCUCAUUUGCCCUACAUUGGUAAAGCUUGAGCACCACAGAAAAUAGUCCGAUGUAAACAACUUACUUGAGGAAGUAUUCUUUAUAUGUUAUAGAUAUUUACACCCUCACUUGCGCAUCACAAACCAACAGGAAGUUGUCAACCUACACGCCUACCUCACUCACGGUGCGACAAAAAUAGAGGGGGAAAAAAAUCAAGUAGCACAUGAAGAACACACAAUGAAACUGUACCCCGUGGACAGUGUGGGUUUUGAAAGAGGCUUGCACACGAAUAUACAUGCAAAACAAUACUGGUUUAUACUCGCCGUGCAACAAAAAUGUUAAAAACCAAGUAACACAUGUAGAACACUCAAUGUAACUGUACCACACGGACAGUGCGGGUUUUGAAAGGGGCUUGCGCACUAAUAUACACGUAAAACAGUACUUUUUGUACUUCUACUUUAUAACCCGCAGGCCAUCACAAUGAGAUAAACAGACCCAUUUACUUCUUCACGCAACCUGCAGUAUAGUUUUAUAGGCAAUGUAGUGGCAGCUAGGCAUAAUGUAGCCUUCAAACCCAACAUGGGAGCCAGAGGUUUUGAGGGGUUUUUUUUUGUUGUUGUUUUUUCCCACCGGUGGUCCUGUGGAAAUCGUCGUCCUGUGUUUUUGUGAGGUUGUUCAUCUUCAACUUUUCCAGUGUUGUGCCACCACCUUGGAAAACUUGUGCAUGACAAGUUUUGCACACAGCUGCAAUGUCUUUUUCACAUUUUUAAAGAAACUUUAGAUAUCGGACUAAUAUCUGAUAUCAAUAUUGGAUGGGGACACCCCUAUAAAAUAGUAUUGUUUGGCAUGUACUGUAUAUUAGUGUGUGGGCGUUUAUUUUGAUACCAUCAUAGUAAAUGGUCUUUUACUUGUAUAGCGUGUAGUAUCGUCAGUGCAAUGCGGUUACACUGUGUGUUCAACAUGUGUCAUGUGGGGGAGGCGUUUGGUUUGAUGACUUCCUGUUAGCUUGAGUGUCAAAGUAAACAUUUUUAUGGGCAUGUUAAUUACUUACCCCACAAAUAGCAGGGAUCUACUGUACAAGUUGAAGCAAUAUGCCCUUCACCAAGCACAAAACAUCCAUUAUGGGCACACACUCUUACUAUGUGAAGACUGCAGUUUAUGCUUCACAUCCGCAUGACGGUAGCAUUAUUUGUUUACACUUUACUUAUAACACUUGGCGAGCGAACUAUGUGUGAAACGGAGCAUUUCCAGGUAACGCCAUUCUCACAAAGCAAGUCAAACUUUGCAAGUACAAGAGUAUGUAUCAAAGCAAUAGCUUUAUGCUCGGGAUCACAAAACACUUCAUUUAUGGUUUGUGCUAAACAUUUCUCCAUUGCAAUUAUCUAGGCCAGGGGUGUACAAAGAGGCGGGUCGGGGGCCGUUUGCAACCCACGGCACAUUCAAAAAAUGUAAUUUAAGAAGAAAACUCCCCCCAAAAAGGAAAAAUCAGUAGUAAUUUUACAAGAAUCAAGUCAAAAUAUUAAGAGAAAAAAGGUGUAAUUUUACGAGAAUAAUGUUAAAAUAUUAGGAAAAAUAAUGUGAUCUUAGUAGCAUAGAGUUGAAUUCUUCAAGAAUUAUUAUUUUUUUAACUGGUGAUAUGACAAAAGUUGUACCUUUUGGCAAAUUAGGUUGUGGGGGAAAAAAUUAUAAUAUGGGAGUGAUAAUAUUACAAAAAAAACAUUUCUUAAGAUUAUUUAAGAAAAAAAUAGAAAUAUUUCGGGGGGAAAAACAGCAAAAAUGAGGGGGAAAAGUGCCAAGGCCAAAGUUCAUACUAAUAAAGCGCUUUUUCACCUAUAUCACAAAGCUGGGAUGCGUUUUAUUUCUUGUAAUAUCUACAACUUCUUAGCAUAUCUUUACAACAAUAUCAAAAGUGGUCCUUGCAUCCCUUCAUUUUUCCACUAUGUGGCCCUUGGUGGAAAAUGGUUGGACACCCCUGAUCUAGGAAAUGCUCUGUAAUAUACGAAUGUGUACUAAUACAUGCUGUGCUCAAACACUGUCUUUACUGUACAUGCUUAGGAACACCCCCCACCCCCCGUGACAUGGAAUGUUAAUAACAAAGUCAUGAGUUUUUCAUAUUAAUUAUUGAAGACAAAAAGGCGACGUGAAGAGAAAUUUGGGUUACGGCACGUGUUACUUUUUUUUUCGGAGGUAACGCAGAGCAUAAUGUCACAAGAUGGACAAGUGUGUACUCAGCGUAACACAAAAUCUUAAUAAUACAAAGAAACUAUGCAAAAUGUUUAAAAACAACUGUGGGAUGUGACUUCAAUUGCUGCAAAAUAGAUUGUUAAUGAAGAAUGUCAAUCUAGAAUGUGUCAAGGGGUGUGUGAAGUUGAUGACACACACAUUCAACGAGCAACAAUUAAAUCCAAGUAACUUUCAAGAAUGCCUGAGGCUUCACUUCUAACGUUCAUGAAUUAGCUGCUUUCUCCUUGCCGAUAGAUGGCCUGUGCUUGGCAACACAGCGUGUCGGCUUAUUUGUUACUGAGGCAUCGGAUGUGUACAUAACUUUUGGAAUAUCCUAAUAUAUUUUUAGUUGAGCAACAUGUUAGAUUCCCCGCUCAUGCGCAUUGUAACACACGCUGAAUGUCACUGUGCGUCAUCCGACGAGGUUGCAAAAGUCUUCAUGUUGGGAUGGUCCAUAGAGUAUUUUUUAUAAUAGUUUUCUUUUGGAAUUUUUCUCAAUUUUUGUAAGUGUUUUUUGCUAAGAAAAAAAAGUUCUUGUGGUUUGGGUGUUGGGGCUCGGCAGACAAACUGGCCGACAUCUACGCUCCCUUCUGAGAUCUCCUCCGAGACCAAACCUGCAGCAUCUUUGAAGCUUUUGAUAAUGUUUUAAAAAACGAUUUUAGUCCCUGCUUGUUAUGUUUCUUUACCUGUAGAUUGUGCUGUGGUUGUUUUGUGCUAUUUUUUUUCUUAUUUACUGUGUUGUGUUCAUGUGGAAUGUACAAUGUAGUAAGUAAUAAAAGUGGAAGAUAAAUCAA